UUGGAAAAACUUGCAUUAGACCAGCGAAUGAAAUCGCAAAAUCUUGUGCAUACACCGGAUGGCAGCAAGUUGUUGGCUUUCUCUCGGGAUCAGCGCUCAUGUAUUGUGUACACUUACAAGGGAAUCGGUUCGAACCGCGUUGGAGACUUGCUAAAUGAGGCCGAUGUAGGCGAUGCGCAGAACUAUAAAGGCGUAGAUGACAAUCUCCUAAAGUCCAAGAUAUUUGAACGGCUCUUUGAGACUAAAUAUGUGCUGCGUCUAUGCCAAGGUGACUCGGCACGUUAUUAUCUGCAUCGGGAGUUCAGUGUUUUCCUGGAGGAUGGACGCUAUGUGCUGUUAGCAGGAAUGGUCGCCCGCGGCUCUGGCCUGAAACAACAGGAUUUUUGUGGUUAUGUUUAUAGCCUUCCGGCAAUUCUUUGGUCACUUGCAGAUCAACCGGGAUGUUAA